UUUAAACAACAGACUAAAAAUAAAAAGUAGCACAUCCAAGAAAAACGAAGGAAAAAUCUUUGUUUUGAGUGAAAAAAAUUGAGUAUUUUAGAGCCAUAACAACAUUUAGUAUUCGUAACAACAUUCAGUUUAUAAAGAUUAAUCUGUUUAUGUAAAAGAACUACGAAAAUUAUUUACUCCAACUUUGGUGAUUUGGUGUUCUUAUUUGAAAGCAAUGGAUUCGUGUCUAGGAGUUGAACAAGAUUUAGAUAAAGCUACGACUAAAUUCUCUGCAUUAAAUGAUCACACCAGCAAGGUCUUAGAAGAUGUUAUAAACCAAGUAGAGGAAUUAAGAAAAGAAAUUUCAAAGCAGGCUCCAAAUACACUUUUAUCUCAAAGUCGAGCUAAGGCUGUUAGUGAGUUAACAGCUUCAGUUAAACAGAGUGUUUUCCAGCUGUCCACAGAUCACCGUGAGUUACAUGCAACUGUAUCUAGAGUUGGUAAAUCUAUUGAUAGACACUUCAUAGCCGACUAUGCUGCUGUCGCACCAAAAGCGGAAUCUUUUUGCUCAGACACUAAUAGACCAAUUAUGGAACAGGCUAUAGCACAGCAUUUGUAUAGACAAGGACUAGAGGAGGUGGGCGACUCGCUGGUGAGCGAGGCAGGCGUGUCGGCUGAGCGCGGCAGCACGUUCGCCCAGCUGCAGCGCUGCGCGGCCGCGCUGGCGGCCGCCGACCCCGCGCCGGCACUGGCGUGGGCCGCGGCGCGCGAGCACGACCUCGCGCACUCGCCGCUGCCCUUCACGCUGCACAGGAUGCAGGCGCUCAAGCUGGCCCGCGAGCAGGGCGUGUGCGCGGCGAUCGCGUACGCGCGCGCGCAGUUCCCGGCGCACGCGGCGCGGCACGAGCGCCAGCUGCAGGCGGCCGUGUGCGCGCUGGCGUGGUGCACGGCGGGCGCGCCGCCGCCGCCGCCGCAGUACGCGCACCUGCUGGACCUGAAGGCGCUGGGCGCGGAGGCGGCGGAGCUGUUCGUGCGCGAGGCGUGCGCGCUGCUGCGCCUGGCGCCGCACUCGCCGCUGGCGGGCGCCGUGCUGGCGGGCGCGCGCGUGCUGCCCGCGCUGCACGACAUCCGCGCCAAGAUGUCGCACCCGCACGUGCUGGCCGCCUGGGCCGACGACGAGCUGCCCCUCGAGGUGGAGCUGGGCGAGGAGGGCGGCGGCUACCACUCGGUGUUCGCGUGCCCCAUCCUGCGCCAGCAGGCGUCCGACCACAACCCGCCCAUGCGCCUGCUCUGCGGACACGUCAUAUCGCGAGACGCGCUCAAUAAGCUCGCUAUGGGAGUCAAAUUGAAGUGUCCUUAUUGUCCCAUGGAACAGUCCCCGUCGGAAGCUCGACAAAUAUAUUUUUCUUAAUUUUGCCGAUAAAUUACAUUGAUAAACAUUGAUUGUGUUAAGUUUCAUUUAUGUUAUAUAUUACAGAAAUGGCAUAUUGUAACGAGAAUAAAAGCCGGAAUAAAUGAUAACUUAGCUGUUACAUAGGGGAUGUUGUUUGUUUAUGAUAAUUAAUUAAAAAGUUAAGAAAGCAGCGAAAGCAGAUAAUGAAGUUACACUUCUAUGUAAUCAUAAGCGCUAGUAUUCAAUUUCUUUAUUAAUAAUAUUGACAACAGAGGCCGAAAAAUGUAUUAACUAACUUUAUUAAACAACUGACAGGUUUGAUAUAGAGCUUAGUCGCUAAUGUCGGGAAUGGCUUAAAAUCAAAUAUAUUUUAUCCCCUUAUUUGUUGUUUAUUUUUAUAUAAAAUAUAAAUAUAAAUGAAGUUGUUCAAAAUCUAUGAACACUUUACAUAGGUCUAGAAAACUUGCUAUCUCUACCUCACACACAACACAUGAGAAAGAGUUUGAGUUCGUCUACAACAUAAUAUGCAUCAUUAUAGAUUACUAAUUACAAUAUUUUAAAUUAAAAAAUGUUAUUGCGACCGUUUGAUUGCAAUUAAUAAGUUUUAUUAAUAUUUUCAACAUAGGCAAUGAAGCAAAUAAAAGGUACAUGUUCCUUUUAAAGUGCAUAUUUAUAUUUGCAGAAAACAUAAGGUAGUAUCUUAUUCGUCUAAACUUAUUUGCGGCUAUUUGACUUCUAAAAGGACUGUAGCUAUUUUAGUAACUAAAAGAAGCACUCGAGCUUUUGCAACAUGAAAUAUACAACCCAUAUGUAACUUUGCCGCUCUGAAGUUGGCUGCAUUUAACUGCACAGAAGUCAACACCAAACCAAAAUAUGGAGUAAUCGUGUCACUUAUCUGUCUCUGCGUAUUCCGUUAAGUAGAAAAGAAUCAUGUGUGUUUCAUUAUAUAUUAGUUACAAAGUUAUAUGUGGUGACCUGUUCUAUAACGUGUAGAUAAAUACAACGUCUUCAUACACUUUAAACUUUCGUAUAUUAUCCAUUUUAUAUAUUAAUUUUCAUUUAUAUAUAAUAAAUAUUAAGGAAAAUUAUUAGGGAAUGUUUUCGCAAAUGUGUUAAUGUUGAUUAACGUAAUUAAUUAAAUCAACGAGUUUUAGUGUAAUAUGUUUUUCAAUUUCAUGUGUGAUAAAUCAACUGCACUGAUGUAAUAAAUGUAGAAAGUUUUCUCUAUAUAUGCGAUAAAGUAAUUUUUUUUUUCAUAUCUUGUAAAUUGUAAGAAAUUAAGCACAGUUCAGUAAUUAAUAACUGCUCAUUUCUUGUAGAUAUAUAUUAAAAAAAUAAAGAUAUGGCACUGUUAAAAAUUUAGUGUAGGACAAGACGAAAUUUAUAAAAGAUCGAUGCAACUAGUAUAUAUACUGUAAAUAAAAGAAACUUACUUUCAUGAGGAAGGUCAGAAUAAUAAAGAAAAGUAAGAUAAAAUUAUGUAUUAUAGAGACAUACAACUUAGGAUUUUUAAAUUUAUUUAUAUGUAUAAUUAUAUUAUACAACUGACAUUAUAAAUAGUGCUAAUUACUAUAAAUUGCUUAGAAAAUGUAAAAAUACUCUGAAAGCAAUAAUUAUUCUUUCAAUAUGAAGAGGGCGAUAGUGGUAAAUAAGUCUCAUAUUGUAAUAAAAACAUAAGCCUUAACUAAUGUAGUUAUAUCGAGGUUGUAAAGUGCACAUGAUGUUGUCUCCUUUCGAAUGUCAAUUUAUUGAUGAAAGAGCGAGAGAAAAUUGUUUGAUUGAUAUUCACCGCUUUACAACUUUUAAUAGUAGACAUACCACUAUACAUUAGUAUUACAUGAAUGAUGAUUGAAAAUUUUUCGUAAAUUGUAUGUAUUUAGACUAAUAAUAAUAUAAAAAAGUAAAAAUAGAAGUAGUAAGCGUUAUCAUUGUGUAAAUAAAAAUGUCUCGCACGAUCUUCUGUAAAGAUUUGUAUAAUUUUUUUAAUAAAUUGAAUUUAGCAUA